CCUCAGUUUGUCAGUGGUAUUUUUUUCUCUGGGACACAGCGACUGACGGCGCCAUAUUGAAAGGCAGAAAAUAUUUUCGUAAACGCCUAAAAUAUUACAUUUGCCAAUAUGCUAUACCUAGAGGAUUAUCUCGAGAUGAUCGAGCAGCUACCCAUGGAUCUCCGCGACAGGUUUACGGAAAUGAGAGAGAUGGACCUUCAAGUUCAGAAUGCUAUGGACCAGUUGGAGCAGAGAGUAAAUGAGUUCUUUGACAAUGCGAAGAAGAACAAACCAGAGUGGAGGGAAGAGCAGAUGGAGGUUAUCAAAAAGGACUACUAUAAGGCCUUGGAAGAUGCAGAUGAGAAAGUUCAGCUGGCCAAUCAAAUUUAUGAUCUGGUGGACCGCCACCUGAGGAAGUUGGAUCAGGAGCUCGCUAAGUUCAAAAUGGAACUGGAGGCUGACAACGCUGGCAUCACAGAGAUCCUGGAGAGACGAUCACUAGAGAUGGACAGCCCCUCACAGCCUGUUAACAACCACCAUGUCCACUCUCACACCACCGUGGAGAAGAGGAAAUACACCACUCAACCGACCCACCACACUACAGAGCACGUCCCAGAAAAGAAGUUCAAAUCUGAAGCUCUUCUCUCCACACUCACGUCAGACGCCUCCAAGGAGAAUACGCCCGGCUGUCGGACCAACACCACAUCGGCAGCGUCCAAUAACGCCUACAAUAUCAACCCAUCCCAGCCACUUGCUUCAUACAACCUCAGCUCUCUGCCGGCUGGACCUGGGGCUGGGGCUGGAGCCAUCAGCAUUGCUGCCGCCCAUGCUGUACAGGCCACCGCACAGAUGAAAGAGGGCAGGAGGACUAGCAGCCUGAAGGCCAGCUACGAGGCCAUUAAGAAUAACGACUUCCAGUUGGGAAGGGAGUUCUCCCUGACCUCCAGGGAUGGCGCGGGUGCCUACUCCUCUUCUGCCCUUGCCAACACCCUUACUCAGACCCACACCCCUGCCAGCUCAGCUGUCGUCUCUGACUCCCGUGGCGGACGCAAAACCAAAGGCAACACAAAGUCUUCCAACCACCAGUCGUCAUCGUCCUCUUCAUCUUCAUCCCUCUCGUCAUGCUCCUCUUCCUCCGCCCUGGCCCAGGAGCUUUCCCAGCAGGCAUCGGCCCUUCCUGAGUCAGAGACAAACAACCAGGUGGACUGGGGCUAUGACCCCAACGAGCCCCGCUACUGCAUCUGCAACCAGGUGUCUUAUGGAGAGAUGGUGGGAUGUGACAAUCAAGAUUGCCCCAUCGAGUGGUUUCACUAUGGCUGCGUGGGCUUAACAGAAGCCCCCAAGGGGAAGUGGUACUGCCCUCAGUGUACAGCGGCCAUGAAGAGGAGAGGCAGUCGGCACAAAUAGGCACACUACUACCACCCCUCCUUGUCCUGGACCAUCCCCAUUUACCCACACCCCACACCCUACUUCUUUCUGCCCCUCAGAAACAACUGUCUAUAUCCACUGUGGUUCCUCCCAAACAAAUUUGUGAAGCUGUUAUGGCCACCACCACACACACAGUAUUCAUAUUUAUCUGCUGGUCUGCAUGACAUCUCGGAGUAUAAACUAGUGGGGUAUUUGGAUAAAACAGUAGAAAAACACAGGCAUCAAAGGCUACCCCUCCCCCAUUCAUUAGACAUUCCUUGCCCCCCCACUUGUGACAGGACGGGCAAGACCUCCUCUCUUUCCAUGCACGGUUGCAAAAAUAAGUGCUCAUCAUGGUAAAAUGCUCACGGGGAAUGAUACAGAGUCCUGAAAAGGUAGUUCAUUAUGGUGUUUAGUGGGACUACAAAACUCAACUCCCUCUAAAAGUUUAGUUUUAACUGUAAAACAAUUUAUGAAACACAACUAUGACUUGAAAAGUUUGUGUUUGUGGUGGAAAGUGUUGAUAAAGAUCAUUUGGGACAGUUGUCAUUUCUAUUAAUGGGUAGUUGAAUAUAAAUAAGUCUCCACCAUUGAGUGUCCCAUAAACUAUAUUCAAGAACAAAUUCACAACUGUGUGUGUGUGUGUGCGCGUGCGCCUGUACCUAUGUACCUAUGUUUCACUAGUCAUUCUGCACUGAGAUGGUGUGUAAGCGUUUCCAGAUAUGUAGAAAAUAUCCAAUAAAAUGAUCACAAUCUUUUGGUA